AUGGCUUACAAUUUGAAACAGAAACUAUUCUCAAUUACUCUUCUCUUCUGCAUAAUCUUUUCACCAACAGAAACAGCAUCAACAUUCAGCCAUUACAAUUGCACAAACAUUCAAACAUUUAAUCCCAAAAGCACUUACAAAACCAACUUAAACACACUCUUAUCAACACUUUCAUCCAAAGCUUCUGAUACACUCAACCAUGGCUACUAUAACACUAGUAUAAUUAGUACUACUGAUGAAACAGAAGACACUGUCUAUGGUUUAUUUAUGUGCAUUGGAUACACAAAUCAUUGUGGUGAAUGUGUAAGAAACUCUACCAAAACUCUUACCUCAAUGUGUGAUUCUAAAGAAGCUAUUAUUUGGUCUGACGAAUGCUUGGUUCGUUAUUCCAAUCGAUCUUUCUUCGACGCUGUGGAAGAGUCUCCAUCAUGGUGUGUAAAGGACAUAAUUGAUUAUCAAGGUCCGUUGGAUGGAUUCAACAGAAUGCUAAGUUCCUUGAUGGUGGAUCUUGUGACACAAGCAAAUGAAGAUUCGAAGGGAAAAUUUAACAAAAUUGUUCUCAAGAGAGCGAUUUUCUACGAGGAUAGAUUCUUGUAUGGACUUGCUCAGUGUGUACCGAAUCUCUCGAAUGAUGAUUGCAUGAAGUGUUUGAAGGAUGCUGUUGAAUAUCUUCAAACUUCAUGUGCUAGAGGAAAGAUUAGAGGAAGUGUUUUAUAUCCAAGUUGUAUUGUUAGAUAUGAUCCUUACCCAUUUUUUGCAUUAGCUAGAGGACAAGGAAAGCAAAAUAGAGGACACUCAAAUUUCAUAAUUGUUCAUGUUCUUGCUCCUAUCACGAUCUUCUCUGUCACGGUUUUCUUUUUCACGUAUUAUGUGUUAUGUCGAAGAGCGAGGAAGAAUCUCACGUAUCACAGAGAAAAUUUUGGAGAAGACAUUUCAUCAGAAGUACACUCUCUGCAAUUUAAUUUCGAUAUGAUUCGGCUAGCGACAAACAAGUUCUCUGAUGAUAACAAGAUAGGAGAAGGUGGUUUUGGAGAUGUUUAUAAGGGAAUGUUUCCGAACGGAUUUGAAAUAGCAGUGAAGAGGCUCAUAAGAAAUUCAAGUCAAGGAGCUGUGGAAUUCAAGAACGAAGUGUUGUUAAUAGCAAAACUUCAGCACAGAAAUCUUGUGAGACUUUUAGGAUUUUGCAUUCAAAGAAACGAGAAGAUACUCAUUUAUGAGUAUAUGCACAACAAAAGCCUUGAUUACUAUCUAUUCAGUCCGGAAAACCAUAGAAAGUUAACUUGGCAUGCACGUUACAAGAUUAUAAGAGGGAUUGCACGAGGCAUUCUUUAUCUACAUGAGGAUUCUCAUUUGAAAAUCAUUCAUUGUGAUCUUAAACCGAGCAAUAUUCUGUUGGAUGACAAAAUGAAUGCGAAGAUAUCGGAUUUUGGCUUGGCGAGGAUUGUUGCGAUAGAUCAAAUGCAAGGAAACACUAGUAUAAUUGCGGGGACAUACGGCUAUAUGUCUCCCGAAUAUGCAAUGCUUGGGCAGUUCUCUGAGAAAUCUGAUGUAUUCAGUUUUGGAGUCAUAAUUCUUGAGAUUGUUAGUGGAAAAAGAAAUGUUGAUUAUAAUGGAGUAAAUUCCAUCGAUGACCUCGUGAGCCACGCUUGGAAGAAAUGGUGGGAAAAUAGGCAAUUGGAACUAUUGGAUUCUGCAUUGGCAUACUCAUUUUCAGAAACAGAAGUAAAUAGGUGCGUUCAAAUAGGUCUAUUAUGCGUGCAAGAAAAUCCAGAUCAGAGGCCAACAAUGGCAACAAUUGCUUUGUAUUUCAACUGUGAUUCAAUAGAUCUUCCACUACCUCAACAGCCAGCAUUUUACAUGCGCGGAAAAAUCGAAUCAAAGGUGGCUAGUAAAAUAUCGAUGACGGGUCGACCUAGGAGUUAUUCAGUGACAAGGUUUUAA